AUGGCUACAGUGGAAGAGAGUCCGGAGAUUCACAAAGGCCUUCGUGAAUCCAACGCCGCCGAGCCACGCCAGGAAACUGAUUCCAUCGACCACGAUGUUGAAGACCACGAUUCCGUGCAGAGGAUGCGGAAAGUCUACCGCAAACUCGAUCGACGGAUCAUUCCCCCGUUCUGGCUCCUCUACUUCCUCUGCUCAGCCGUACGAUCAAAUGUCGGACUGGCCCAAACGAUGAACAUCCCCGAAGGACAUAAUCUCGGAGCGAAGCUCAAUCUCUCACCACAUCAAGUCUCCACAGGUCUGGCUCUGUUCUAUGUCUCCUACGUAGUCUUUGAAGUGCCUUCCAAUUUGGCCAUGUCGAAACUCUCGCCUUCGGUCUGGCUGGCUAGGAUUGUGAUUAGUGUGGGAAUCAUUGGGACUGCGAUGGUGGGGAUGCAUGAUGCUGCUGGGUAUUAUGUCCUGAGACUUUUGCUUGGUGCUGUUGAGGCCGGCAUGURGCCUGGUAUGUCUCUUUAUCUCACCUUGUUCUAUCCUACGAGGAGAAUGGCGAAGAGGGUUGGGUGGUAUUUUACUGCCUCGCAACUUUCUGCUGCUGUUGUGGGAUUGGUGAGUGCGGGAUUUCAGAAGAUGGAUGGUGAUGGUGGACUUGUUGGAUUCCAAUGGAUGUUCUUGUUGUGGGGUCUUGUUACUUUGGUGUUUGGGUUCAGUCUGAUUUGGUGGCUGCCCGAUCGACCUCUUCCUCCAGGCCAGGAACGGAAACCCAGUUGGUGGAACAAAUGGCUACUGAAACCGAAGCCGGCAUUGUCUGGUGAUGAUGCUGUUCUGCAUUACAAGGACCUCAGCCAGGCCUAUCAUAAUACCGAAUGGACAUUACGGGAUCUUCUGGCAGUCUUGCUGGACUGGCGGUUCUGGCCUUUGCUAGUCAUGUAUUUUGGUGUGGUUGGCGUCGGGAAUGGAGUCCAAAGCUACGGCACUGUGAUCUUGAGAUCUAUCAAUCCUUCGUUCACUGGCGUUGAAUUGAGUCUGUUGUAUGCUCCAAUAUGGAUAUGCGACCUCUUCGGCAUCCUAGCAAUAACCCCUAUAAGCGACCACUUUCACAAACAACGAGCCAUCUGGUUCAGCAUCCCUACAGCCCUCCAAAUAGCAGGCCUUCUCAUCUCCACCUACGCCGGAAGCUCCGACUCAGCAAGAUGGGGUCGCUAUGUGGGCCUUCUCAUAGUAGGCUUCGGGCUCGGUCCCACAGUCCCCAUCACAAUGACCUGGACGGCCGAGAUUUUCCAGCCGCGACACGGAGAGAUUGGCGUUGCGGCUGCUUGCGCUCUCGUUUCUGGUUUAGGGAAUCUAGGAAGUGUGGUGACGAAUUACGCGCUAUAUUCGGGCUGGCCGGAAGACGUGAAGAGGUCGCCGGCGUAUGUGGGAAGUAAUUGGGUGAUGAUUGCGAUCCUUUUCGCAAGUAUUGGGGCGAGUUUUGUUAUGCAGGGAUUGUUGAGGGUUACUAGCAAUACUGUUGCCGUCAAACCUUCUAGACGGGAGUAG